UUUUUAUCCGGUGAGAUGGGAGCCAACGGGUAUGGUCAAGUGAUAUCAUGGUAUAUUUGCACCGUCGCCGCUAUCCCUUUUGUCUGCCUGCGUAUGUUCGCCAGGUUCAGAAAGUUUGGCAAACUCGCAAUCGAUGACUACCUUAUCCUUCUGGCCUUGGGCUGCCUGGUCGGCGAUCUCGCCAUCCAACAACACAUGUGGAAUUUAGGACUGGGCGAUAUGUCCCAGGUAACACCUGAAAACUUCAAGAGCAUCAUGCAGAUGAUCGUGCCCGGCUCCAUCCUCUAUGUGUCAUCCCUAUGGGCGAUCAAAUUUGCGCUGGUCAUCUUCUAUAAACGUCUUUCGGCGGCGGGGUCUCGACUAUCAAUGAUCUACAAUGUCGCACUCGGUGGUCUGGCCGCUAUGUUCUUGGUCAUAUUCUUCCAUAUCUUGUUCCAAUGCUAUCCAUACGACAAGCGGUGGUCCACUGAUCCCGAUUAUCAAUGUGAUCCCAAAGCAGCACAGAUCAACUACUGGAUCACCAUCUUCUUCAACAUCGGCUCAGACGUCGUAAUAAUGGCCCUCCCAAUCGCCAUGGUAUCCCGCCUCCAGAUGAAAAUCAAACAAAAAAUCGGCGUAGCCUCCAUGUUCGCGCUGGGCCUCUUCGUCAUCAUCGCAAGCAUAAUCCGCGCCUACUACUCCCACAAAAACGAAACAAUGCUCACCUGCACCGUCUCCAUGGUCGAAAGUGCCAUCGCUCUAAUAAUCGCCUGCCUCCCCGCCCUACGCUCCAUGAUCAUCGGCGGCACCACCCGCGGCGACCCAAGCAGCUACGGCAGACACUACGAAAUCAGCCUCACGGGCCGCCGACGGACAGGGAAUUUUGGAAACGUGAGCGCCAUUGGCUCCGCGAAUCCGCAUGCUUCGUCUGCUGGGAGGACCUCGAGGAGCCACCCAAACGGCUCUGAGGAUUCGCUGGUUUCGGAGGAGGAAGCCAUAGAGUUGGAUGGCAGAGGGGUCGGGAUUAAAGUCGAGACUACUAUUCAGACAUUGUAUGGGGAUUUGGAUAGGCAUAGUAAGGCGGAGAGCUCCAAGAGUGUGGUUUGA